AUGUCCGUGCUCGCAUUUCUCAGCGUGACGGGCGUGAGGGCACAGGGUACUACCACACCGGCAGUGGACUCGGUCGCGGCGUCGAGUGCGACGGAGGUGGCAAGCAGUAAUAGUACUAGCGAGGCAAGCAGUGUUGCGCCAACAACCACUUCAUCAUCAGUGUCUGAAAUCAGCGGCGUCGCUACAUCCUCCUACCCCACCACUGCCUCAUCCAACUACACUAUCCCCAGUGGAGCAUCGUCGGCCACCUUCCCCGCCAACUUCUCCUAUGCCACCUCUACCCCCUAUCAGAUGAAUGCCGUCAAUGUCCUCACCCUCGCAAGCGAGCUCCCCGUACCCGUAUACUACUCGCUGACAAACGAGAGUGCCGGCACGCGCUCCAGCAUCUGUGCACAGCAAACGGCCUUCUGCGCCAAGGCCGGAUGUGCCGCCUCGGGGGCAACGGUCAAGGAGAACUUCUGCAACUUGGAGACGAUGGCUUCGCGCUGCUCGUGCAGCACUGGAGAUAGCAAUCUCGCCUACUACCACUGGCCUGUAGCCGUAGCCGACUGUCUCAAUCGCGCUCUGGCCUGCUCUAUGGCUUGCGCCUCUCCACAGGUUUCGGUGGCAGAAAAGUCUGAUUGUCAAAGUGGCUGUAAUACCAUGCUCAGGUCCACUUGUGGUACACCUGGGCAAAUUGCAGCCGACUAUGAGACAAAGUCGGCAAGUGAUACCCCUUCGCUCACCUAUGUGCAGGGAGCCACGGCGGGUGCUGCCAAGCUCGGAGUAGGCGCAGGAGUCGGGCUCGCUGGGCUAGUCUUUGUCGCAGGAGUACUGCUGACGCUAUGA